GGAUCUCGUUAUGCGAUGGCUUAGGGUUUCUGUAAGAGCCACCCUAUUUUAAGCCCCCUUCUCCUAUCCUUCAACUCCACAGCGGCGGCAGUGCGUGGGGAGAGGAGCAAGAUGGUUUUCGUCAAAACUCUAAAGACCAAGGCUUACUUCAAGCGAUUUCAAGUCAAGUACAAGAGAAGGAGAGAGGGAAAGACUGAUUAUCGUGCACGAAUCAGAUUGAUUAACCAGGACAAGAACAAAUAUAAUACACCUAAGUAUAGAUUUGUUGUCCGAUUUACUAACAAGGAUAUUGUUGCACAAAUAAUAUCUUCAACCAUUGUUGGUGAUUUGGUUCUUUCAUCUGCGUAUGCCCAUGAACUCCCACGAUAUGGGCUUGAAACUGGUCUUACAAACUAUGCUGCAGCAUACUGCACUGGACUUCUCUUGGCAAGGCGUGUCUUGAAGAAGCUUGAGUUGGAUUCUGAAUAUGAAGGAAAUGUUGAGGCUACUGGAGAAGAUUUCUCUGUUGAACCCACUGACAAUCGAAGACCUUUCCGUGCUUUACUUGAUGUUGGCCUUUUAAGGACAACUACAGGCAACAGAGUAUUUGGUGCUCUCAAGGGUGCAUUAGAUGGUGGUCUUGAUAUCCCCCACAGCGAUAAAAGGUUUGCUGGUUUUAAGAAAGAUGAGAAACAACUUGAUGCAGAAGUUCAUAGGAAAUACAUUUAUGGUGGUCAUGUUGCCUCUUACAUGAAGAGUCUUAUGGAAGAUGAGCCUGAAAAGUAUCAGCAACAUUUCAGUCAAUACAUAAAGAAAGGAAUUGACCCUGAUAACCUUGAGGAGAUGUAUAAGAAGGUCCAUGCUGCCAUUCGUGCCAAUCCAACUCAAGUGAAAUCCACAAAGUCACCACCAAAGGAGUACAAGAGAUAUAACCUAAAGAAGCUCACCUACGAGGAAAGAAAAGCUAAGCUCAUAGAACGACUGAAUGCUCUUAAUUCUUCUGCCGGUGCUGAUGACGAGGACGAAGAUGAUGAGUGAAAAUUAUAUCAAGUGUCAACUUUUGAUAUUCUACUUUUAAUGGUUGCAUAAGCUAUAGGACAAUAUUUGGUGUUGAGCAGUUUAGUUGUUUUGAUCCAACAGAAUUUAUGGGACUUAAACUACUUAUGCAAUUGGUUUUGUUUUCAUUA